CCCGUAUGCAGUUCAUUGUGACGAACUGUGCUCGAACGACGGAAAAUGCCCUGUUGACGUAGCCUCUCUCGAUGUGAAGGACACAACUCAACUAGACGCCAUCUUGAAGUCUUUCAUUCCCACACCACUGUAGGUUGAUGAAGUACUUUGUAGUGAAAUCAUCAUCCGUAUAUUCUACUCCAGAGACGUACGAAUGCAUACCAAACUGCAAUUUCUGGAGAAUCUGUUGUUAUCUAUCAGAUCUUCUUCAAACGAUAAGAUCGUCAUCGUCAGCAACUUCACUUCAACACUAGACAACAUUGAAAUCUUCAUGCAAGCAAAGGGCUAUUCGUUCUUGCGACUCGAUGGGUCGACAGCUGUAAAGGAUCGCACUGGCCUUGUAAAAACCUUCAACGAGAGCAAAGAGUGCUUUGCGUUUCUGCUCUCGUCAAAGGCCGGAGGAGUCGGCUUGAACUUAAUCGGUGCAAACAGACUCGUCCUUUUGGAUCCAGAUUGGAAUCCCGCUAAUGACCAACAGGCACUUGCCCGAGUAUGGCGGCCCGGCCAGAUCAACCCCGUUUACAUCUACAGACUGGUUGGUGCCCGGACAAUUGAAGAAAAAAUUCUUCAAAGACAGGCUUACAAAGCAACGCUGGCUCAGGAAUUUGUCGACAUGCAAGCAUCAAGUGUAAGGUGCUACGUACGAGGUGACAUAAGAAAGUUGUUGAGCUGUGAGUUGGCGGGAACUGCGCCCAGAAACGUUUGUCGACAUUCUGGGCCAUAUUCAGUCGACGAACCGGAUCAAAGUUGUGUGGUGGAACCGCAUUCUCACGCUAACGGCAGCCCACCGCCAUCGUGGAUCGAAGGCUUCUGUUUGCCUUUCUUCGACGACCUGGAUCGUUUAGAGCUGCUCGUAAGGCUAAACUGAGAUUUUUGGAUAUUCAGGCGCCUCUACAUCAACAUUUCCUAAGGAAGACACCACACCGCAGCGAGUUCCACUGUCUGGCGAAACCGGAAAUGGAACAGCAGGCAGUGAAGAGGUGAACACUGAACUGUUGCCCCCGCUGAACCGACGCUAAUUUGUGAAACGGGCUGAAGAAAGUAAAGCGGGUUUAGUGCGUAUGUUGAGCCUUGCGUAUUUGAAAUUAACAUCUCCACUUUCCGUCCUUUCAAUGUGCUGACUCGCGCUCGUUUACCAUGUCCAUAUGUCAGGCCAGCAAACAAGUCGUGACGCUUUAAUAGAUGAAAUGGAUUUGGUUACA